AUCGUCGCUCCUCAUCUCUCCAUUUGCAGCUCUUCUCGAAGCACCUAAACACUUUGUGGAAAAGAGGAGAUGGCGCUGCGCCUGAGCCCUCUUCUUCGUCACCAUUUCGCUCCCAGUCUCCGUUCCAUGAAGCUCAGUCCAUUCCGCAACUUCUCCAUUCACAACCAUAUCUCUGACCCAAAGGACUCCCAUAAGCUAGUCAUGGAAGUAAAAGAGAAGCUUGGAAAAGAUCAUUAUAGUCUUCCUGUGGGCAAAAAUGGAAGAGAUGAUGAAGACAUGAUCCUUUGGUUUUUGAAGGACCGAAAGUAUUCUGUUGAAGAUGCUGUAUUAAAAUUGACUAAAGCUAUUAAAUGGCGUGAAGAAUUUGGUGUGUCAAAGUUAUCAGAAGAGACAGUGAGAAGUGUAGCUGAAACAGGAAAAGCUUACGUGCAUGACUUUCUUGAUAAUUAUGACAGACCAGUGCUAAUAGUGGUGGCAUCCAAGCAUUUUCCUGAAGUGCAGGAUUCUUUUGAGAAUGAGAAGCUCUGUGUGUUUUUGAUUGAGAAGGCAUUGAGUAGAAUCCCUGCUGGGAAAGAAGAAAUUCUUGGAAUAUUUGAUCUCCGGGGCUUUGGUAUUGAGAAUGCGGAUCUUAAGUUCUUGACAUUUUUGUUUGAUGUAUUCUACUACUACUAUCCAAAGCGAUUGGGCCAAGUACUCUUUGUGGACUCUCCCUUUGUGUUCAAGCCAAUAUGGAAACUAGCCAAGCCCUUGUUGAAGUCAUAUGCUUCUCUGGUGAAAUUUUGCUCGGUGGAGACUGUCAGGAAGGAGUAUUUUACAGAAGCAACACUUCCAGCCUGCUUCAGAGACUGAAGUUGCCAUCAUUCCUCUUGAAUGUGUCGUACCAAGGAAUUUUAGCAUCGCGGAGUUGGUGAUUGAAAUUGGCAUUGUAGUGUAGAACUUGUUGAUGGCUGACUGGGUUAAGACUCUUCGACGGAUUCAACUUGCCGUAGCGUAACCUCUAGGGAGGGAUACGUCCAAUUUUGUGGCUAAACUGACUUCCUUUUUUAUUCUGGUGAUCAUUGAUGUUGUAUAAUAUGAAGAUUGGUCCGUGCAUUCCCCAACUACGGAAAAUGUGCACAAGUGUAUAUUUCUCACCUUUUCAAUUAUUUAAUGGAGGGAAGAAUAAAUGUAAACUCUUGGAAUGUCUCAAUGUAAGAAGAAUAAAAUAUAAUGAGUCCAUUAAAGUUUAUUUGGUUGUUUUAUUGUUAAAAUAA